UGCGCUGUGCUCGUACCCUUGCGGUAUGCGGCUGCUUUUGGCAGAGAAGAGAGCUCAUGAAGGAUUUCAUGAGUGUGAAGACAGAGAGCAGAGACAGAAAAGAGAAGAAGGCGGCCGCUGCCUUUGUAGUCUGGCUGGAAUGCGGAAAUGUUGAAGCACUAUGUCAAACUUUUUUGAAACGGGGUCAAAUCACAUUCAGCCAGCGUGGGAAACCAAGGGGAGAAAAAAAAAGUAGAGGCGAGGUGGGGGGGAAACUCUUUUGCUCCUGCUGUUGGUCUCAAACCGAGCUCAGGAACCGAGGAGAGAGAGAGAAACUGGGACUGCGUGGAGAGGCGGCGGCGGCGGCGUGCAGAGUUAACGCAGAGCUUUGCAUUUGGGAAACGGUUCGUUGCAAGGCUUUGAUCAGCCCCAGAAAAUUUAGCAGUGCCUCUUUCACUCUUUCCCCAAAGAGGGGGAGGGGAUCUUCAGCGCUUUAAGGUGUAGUCUGCCCUCCCGGCUGGCAGGAAGAUGCAAACGCGGGGCAGCGGUAGAGCUUCGGAGUUGCUGCUGCCACUACCUGUGUGGCCCCACUCGCUGCUGCUGGGCUCCGCUCGUGGAAGCGCACCCUCCCCUGUCACCAUGUGAACGCUUUGGAUCGAUUCUGCUGCGUGUCUCCUUGUUUUCACGGGAAGCGGAUUUUUUUAAAAAAAGAAUAUUAGAAAAGACGCUUUCCAUUGUUUUUCCUGCCUCACCAGGUCUUUGCUUUUCAUCUCUCUCUUUUUUUUAAAAAAAAAAAAACUAUUUUUAACUCCUGUCUUGCUGGAGGCCACUUAAGUGGUAACUUCCUCAGAAGAGCCGAAGCUGCGCCUGAGCAAUUCCAGGGGAGCGCUUUGGGGUGGUCCUUCUGCGAUCGGCGCAGCUUUUACAGAGAACCUCGUUCCGUGUCCGCGUGGGAUUUUCAUGGGACAGGCUUCAGCCGUCUGAGCCGUGGCCAAAAUUGAAUUGGGUUUACACAGAAAUUUAUUCCAAAGACCAUUGACCAGCUAACCAAUAGGGCAACCACGGUUUAUUACUACAGUUCUUGAAUGUUACAUCCUAUUGACUGGCCCAUCUGUAAUUGUUCUGGAUACUUGUUGAAGUAGCAGAAAACACAUUUUGGCAACUGGAAUCCAGGUCCACAGAUUCAACAGUUGAAACAUCAGACAACAAUUUGUGAAGAAAGCCGUGAAGUCAUGGAUAAGGACAACAUGAGCCUAGCUGACCAGCAGUAUGAAUGUGUGGCGGAAAUUGGUGAAGGAGCCUAUGGGAAAGUGUUCAAGGCCCGAGACUUGAAGAAUGGAGGGCGCUUUGUAGCUCUGAAGAGGGUGCGGGUGCAGACCAGCGAGGAAGGGAUGCCACUUUCCACUAUACGCGAGGUGGCAGUCUUGAAGCAUCUGGAAACAUUUGAGCAUCCCAACGUGGUCAGAUUAUUUGAUGUAUGCACAGUAUCCCGAACUGAACGAGAGACGAAAUUAACACUGGUGUUUGAACAUGUUGAUCAAGACUUGACCACUUACUUGAAUAAAGUUCCAGAGCCUGGAGUUCCUAGUGAAACUAUAAAGGAUAUGAUGUUUCAGCUACUGCGAGGCCUUGAUUUUCUACAUUCACACAGAGUGGUCCACCGUGAUUUAAAGCCCCAAAACAUUCUAGUCACCAGCAGUGGACAAAUAAAAUUAGCUGACUUUGGCCUUGCGCGAAUCUACAGUUUUCAGAUGGCUCUUACUUCUGUGGUUGUUACUUUGUGGUACAGAGCGCCUGAAGUUCUGCUUCAAUCCAGUUAUGCAACACCAGUUGAUCUUUGGAGUGUAGGUUGCAUAUUUGCAGAAAUGUUCCGUCGCAAGCCGCUUUUCCGUGGAAAUUCUGAUGUUGAUCAGCUAGGAAAAAUCUUUGAAGUAGUUGGUCUUCCUGAAGAAGAAGAUUGGCCUAUUGAUGUUGCCCUCCCAAGGAAUGCUUUUGCUUCUCAAUCCCCACAGCCCAUUGAACUUCUUGUAACAGAUAUUGAUGAACUGGGCAAAGAUUUGCUGCUUAAAUGUCUGACAUUCAAUCCUAUGAAGAGAAUAUCAGCUUAUGAUGCCUUAACCCAUCCUUACUUUCAUGACUUGGAGAAAUGCAAAGAGAAUACAGAUUCUGAUGUGUCUUCCAGUCAAAACUCCACAGAGAUGAAUUCACUAUUUGGCAUAGAUUUAGCUCAGGGAAUAUCUGCAGAAGAAUCUCUCCUGCCACCAGUUCAGUUCCUUGGCUCUGACCCAAAGGACUUGCCCUAAAUCUCAACUGGGCUUGCAGUUUCCAGCAGAGUUUUUCACUUUCUCAUUUCUGACCAUAAUUUCUUAGGAUGUGACAGAAGAUCCUGUGAGGAGUUUUGAGAUGGAAGUGAUUCAAAACCUUGCUGCAAUUUGAAGGCCAUCAUUUACAAUAUAGCUCUUUGGGCUAAAGAGCAAUAGAUCGGAUGCUGAGCAACAGUAUUCUGGCAAAAUUUUCUUGCAGCAUAAUAGGAGUCUUUCAUGUGUGUAUUGUAACCUGCACCAGCUAUACUGUUCAUUAAUGUACCAUAAAAUGUUUGUUUUGUUUAUGGGAAUUGUUUCAGUUAGCUAGUCUCAUUUUUAACAGGAAUGUGGGGACAUUAAAUGUACCACUGUAUUUAACAUUAUUCUUCUUUCCUGGUCUGAAUAUAUGCUUACAUAGCAAUUCAAAGUUUGCAGUCUAAAAUAACAUGUAUUGAGUUCUAGUAUCUUAUUGCAAGGUAUUAAAUUGAAGUUUAUCUUUAGUAUCUUCUAUUUUAACCUCUUGGACAGCAGUAUAUCUCAAGCUGGUUUUGCUUGCUGUCAGCUGUUUUCACGACUAUUCCUCUUGCUAAAAGUUAUAUCAUGUAUGUAUUUUGUUACUUGUUUAUAUAAAAUAUGCAUAUAUUAUUCACUUUUUAUAUUGUUCAUAUUUCUUGGCUGCUAGAAAUUACAAUUACUUUAAAAUGUAGGAUAAUUCAGAAAGAUACAACCUCAGAUAUCUUUUCAGUUAACAAUAUCUUCUUUAUGGCUUAUAGAUUUUCUCGUAUUGCAUAAAAAUUCAUCCAAUAAUCCAGUACACACCACACUGAGUUUUAAAAAGUUAAGCAUAUUUACAGCAUUUUUUUUAAAAAAAGCUUUUAGCAAGUGCUCCUCUUUUAAUGAGAUUUGUUAGCAUGGUUUGUGGUUUAGAAAUUUUUUACCCUGCAUGAUGUCAGGAUAAAUUAACUGCACAUAUUUUAUUAAAUCAUUAUAAACUAUUUUAUAUUCAUUAUAUUUCACUUAAUUAAUACAUAUAGAUAUAAUUUUACUUGCGGAACACAUGGAAGUGACAAACUAAAUGGAAUAAGUAAGAGUCAGAAUUUCAGAAAACAGUGGAUGUUAGUGUGGAGAAAUUUCAGAUAUACUUAAGGGAGACCUCAGCAUACCCUUAAAUUUAAAACAUCCAUCUGAUUAUAAAGCAAGAGGAAAUAGCAUGUAGGUGAGAGAACUACAAGUAGGGAAGAAAAUGGAAAUAUGUUAUCACCCUUCUUUUUCCAGCAUAGAAACCAAGCAGAUUGUUAGAAAUCUCUAGAAUAGCAGGAGCUGCUGGAAGGCAUUCAAAGCUUAAUCUCCUCUGUCAACUCACCAAAAGCUAAUAAACUUAUUUUUUUGAGGUUAUUAAUCUCUAAACCCUUUUUUUUUUAAGACUGUUUUGAUGUUGACUUUCAUCCAGCAAUUUGCUUCCUUCUCGGGAUAUUUAGUAUAUUGUGUUCAUAAUAUUGUUAAUUAUAUUGUCAAAAAUUAAUAUAGUCAGCCAGUUGUAUAUUUAGCAAAUAAAAGCUUUUGAAUAGUUUCAAUAUACGUUCUAAAGGAUCUUGCAGGGAAAAUAUUAUUUUUUUGAUUUUUCAAGUAUGCAGUCUGUUCGCUUCUUUUUAUAUUUAUCUAAUUACAAAUUCUAAUGGAAUUUUAGUAUAUAAAAAUUAGAAUUGCAAAUUUCUAGGAGCAUGCGCACAGUUCUGCUGCCUGCUUCCAUUUUGAUGAACAUGUCUAAGUCAUUCCAAUAGUUGCAAAUGUCAGAGUUAAUAAACAGGCAUUUUGCCUUCAGUCAACCUAAUUUGGACUUUCAUUUAGAACUGUUUAUGCUGUUGCAUUCAUAUAAAUACUUUGGUCCUCCACUUGCCAAGUCGACAUUUCACCUACUGAAAUCUAUGGCCCUUUCAAGUUCUAAGUUCAAGGUUGGGAUGUUUGAUAAUGUACAUACUCACAUUAUUCACAUUUAUAUAUUUUUCAUUAUGCACUGUGCAGAAAAUUCAUGAAAUAUUUGCAGUGAAUUAUCUACUUAUUUGUAGUAUUUCUUUUCCUUUUAUAUGUAAGGAGCAUGUUUUCAGUUAAAAGCAUAUAGAAAAAUGAAAGUACAGCUCACAUCACAAUUAGACUAAAAUUGUGCUGAGGUGCUGGGAGACCCAAGAUAGAAAGGUCUGAAUCAGAGGUGGGCGGAAUAGUACUAGAGAUAGGUAAUACAGAACAAAUAGGUUUGAUGAAAUACCAGAACUCAACUUAAAAAUCUUAAGAAUCUCAACUUAAAAAUAUAGGCAAAAUGAAGCUAACUGGCAAUCAGGAAGAACUGAUUUACCAUCACAACGUAGGAGAAACAGAAAAUGUUACAAAGCCAUAGAAAUGAAAUCAACAUUUAGUUUCACUUCAGAGAUGUAGGCCUGAGUAGUAAUUUUCAGUCUAAAUUAUGUCAUUUAAAGCUUUAAAUGUUGACUAAAUAAAGCCUUUUCUGUCAACUCUUAUCCUGAUGACAAAUCCUCUGGCUGCUGAUGCCAUUCACAAUAUAUUCUUCAUAACCCCAAUGUAGAUGGGUUUAACUUGACAAUUUCCAGUCAGUGGCUUCUAUUUUUGAAGAGUAUGCAUUUUGCAUCACAAGCUUUGAUUUAUUAGGAUCUAUUGUUUCUCCUAUCCAUUGGUAAUGUCUUCCAGUUGCAGGUGUAUCUGGAAAGAUCAGUGAGGGGAAAAUGACAAUUUCUAUUAUGUCAUCAAAGAAUGUGAAUAUGAUGAAAAUACACAUAUUUCCAUAAUAUUGCAUUUACAAUAUUGAUCUCAUUAUGGCUUCUUAUUGUGCCUAUGUCUGAUUUGUGAAGAUAAGAAAUCAGCACGCCCUUUUUACAAAAUAUAUACUACUAUUUUUCUAAGCUGCCUAGUGCCAGUGAUUAGAUCCUCAUGUUAUGCUAAUCCAUAAAAUGGUUUGUUGGGUUAUGUUAUUGUAUAUUGUCAAUUUUUUUUGUAAAAAAUACUGCAAUUUGUGUGAGCUAAUUCAAGAAAUAUGUGAACCCUAUUUGUGUAUUUGUUUUAAUGAUUUCUCUGAUGUAAGGUAUCAAUGGAAUAGGACACCUAAAACAGUGGAUUAUAUUUUUACACCUUUACUAUUUGCUUUAUAGUAUUCUUUGCAUGUUGGAAUACUUCUCUAAAAUUAUUUCUUUUUAGGUGCCUUUAGUCCAGAAAGACUGUUUGCCCUCUUUUGCUAAAGCUAUUUAAAUUGUGUACAUCUGCUGUAUAUGCCCACUGUAUGAGCAAAGAAGUUGAUUUCUGGGGCUAGGUUUGCCCUCCUAAGAAUAUGACCAUUCAUUGAUUAAAUACCUUAUUUGGUAAGAUUCUAUAAGUUCAACAUUAUAACUUGAAAUUCAUUUUUUGAAAAUGACAAAAAUGUCUAUACUCUCUAUCAAAAUACAAUUUUUUCAGUACAUGUCAUUUAAUUUUAUUUUGUUACAUAAUCAUAUUUUUAUAUUCUUAAUAUUUUGGAAAUGCAAUUAUACAUGAUUAGUAGUUUUCUGUCUGUAGUUAAAUUAUAUUUACUUUGAUUUGAACUAUCAUCCUAAAGAAAGUUGUCAGUUUUAGAGUAUAUUAAUGAGAAUUUUAUAAAGCGGCUUGAUUAUUAAGUUUCUGAGUCUGUAUGGAAUUUUUAUUUCCAUAGGCCUCUUAUUUAUCUUUUCUGAGCAACACAUUAAUGCUCACACAGUGAGGAAUCUAUGCUGCCGUCUUCAGGCAAGAAAAUGAGAAAAUUCUGCCCAUAAUUCCAGGUCACGGGUGCUUCAGUGGUUAUAUAUAGAUUCUAUUUCUUCACUCACUUGAGUAAGACAGCAGCAUUAUUCUUGAGAAAUUACAUUCCAGUGAAUUGCAGUUGCAAUUAUGAAUAAAGAACAACUUUUUGUAUACCAGGUUUUCUGCACCCCACUGAGAACGGGGUGAUUCCAAAAUGAUAGAAUGUGCUAGGGUCUAACACGGCUGGCUGACUCACUUAAUGGUAUAAAUGUUGAUAGAAUUAUCCUAAUGAUGAUAUUUCUCUAGUUCAGGGAUGUCAACUUACAGCCCACAGGCCAGAUGCGACAAGCUCUGGCUGAGUUUAGCAAAAGGGGGAAGCCAUAUGUCACGUGACAACAAGAGUUUGACGCCCCUGCUUUAGUUCAACUGCUUUGAGCUUUCAAGGCCUAGAAUUAAAUCUGAGGAUUUUCAAUCAGAUGACUUUUCUACAGGAUUACAAUGCAAUUUAUUCAUUGGUUACAGUUUGAGGAUUGUGUCCCUAAUCAGAAUUUCUCUUGAAACCCUUCCAUCUAAACCAGUGAAAUUUACUGUGGAGUAAAUGUGUUUACAGUUACAAAAAAAAUGCAGUCCCAGGUUCUUUCUUAGUAACUGGCUGAUUUAAUGAAGACACAUGGUUAGAAACUGCACUCAAACCCAGUUGAUAGGGUCAACAUUUAUUUCCACCUUAUUGUGUAUCUGCAGUGUAAAUGAUUGCUAUCUUAAAUGAUGUAUGUUACAAGUUACUGAAGUGGAUCUCUCAGCUACUUGGAGCUGAAAUAAAAUGUAGUAUGUAGUUAAAGUGUAGAGAUCUGACCUCUUGCAAUUUUAUUUUUUUAAUGUUCAUUAUAGAUUGUGAGCUGCCAAUCUUAUUAGACUAAAAGGUUGACAGAAUUUUAAAUAAAUCACCUGAACGAGCUGCAUAAUAUAAUAUUUGUAUUUUGCCACUAAAGAGACAAAGCUUGUUGGAUGUAGUAUCUUUUAGAUCUUGUUUUUGAAAAGAACAUAGGUGAACUUGAAAAGUUUAAAUAGAGUAAAAUUUAUAGAACAGUACAAUGUAAAAGAUGUUGUGGGAAAUUAGUUACAUUUAAUUAGCUUCAUUAUUUCCUUUUACUUUUUUGUAAUCUUAGAAAUAUGUCCAUGAUUUCUGAUAAAUGUUAGCUUUGAUAACUCUGUAUAUAAAAAUAAAAAUAUGUGACAAUGAUUUAAUUCUACAUAUGUUGAAUGGGAUGCCAAGGAAAAAAGCAUUCUUCUAUACUUCUAGACACAAUCUAUUCAACAAAAGAUAUUUGAUUGAGGAUAGUCACUACUAGUAUCUGUAGUUAUCGCUGCUGUUAGCAAAACAGAAGAUGUGAUAUAAAAGAAUUGCCUAAUUGUUGAACUACAAAUUAUAACAGCACAUUUCAUAUAUAUACUGAGCUGAAGUUCAAAAGCAUCAGCUUCAUGAAUGAUCCAUGCUUUAAUUUCAAUAACAAAUUAUACUACAAUACUAGACCCCUGCUUGUGUAUAAAGUUUUGGAGAAAAAUUGUGGAUUAAGGUAAGAAUUGUUCUUCUCAAAUCUUAGUUUCUUUUUGUUUUCUUAUUAUAAAAUAAAAGAAGGCGAGAAGUGAAAGUGGAAUAUUUAUGAACCUGUUAAUUAUUAGAAGCUAGGGGUAUUUAUGAUUUUAAAAAAUAUGAAUACAGUGUCUCUGCACCUAACUCUAUAGUUCAACAGGGACUCAGUAUGUUCAGAGAUUCUUUCUAAGAGGACAUACUGAUUAAACCUGAAAUACAUGGAUGUUUAUAAAACAUUGACCAGCUUUUAAAAUUAUUUUAUUCUGGUCAUUAGCUUUCUUAUCUCUACUUCCAUGCCAUCAGUCCAAAUUGAAAGCAAUAUAAUUUUAGCCUUCCACAAAAUCUGAUGAAUCAAAACAUUAUUCUCAAGGUUGAAAAAAAGGUUGUUAGAAUUUGGCCUGAAGAUAACAUGGAUUACCACUGCUAUAAAAAUCAACAAGUGAAACUUUGCCUACGAAAUCAAACCAUCUACAAAAGAGAGUGAUCAUGUAUCACAGAGUCAGCCAAAGAUCCAGUUGCCUUUAAUUUAAAAGAUGUGGUUUCACCCCAAAUAUUGCUACUACUGAUAGUGUGCUGUGAAUGGGAGAAAGUCAGGCAUACUUUUCUGAAUAAAAUCUUCCAAAACUUGUAAGAAUGGAUCUGAACUCUCCAGUGCAAUGUAAGGGAGUAUCAUUGCAUCUAAUAUGUUUAGAACUUGGUAUCUGUGCUUAAUGGACCUUGUAUAUUAUGCUGUUUAAUCUGGAAUUAUUUUCUCUGUUCUGUUAAACACAACCCUUAGAAUUAUGCCAUUAGGACACUUAAUAUGAGAUGGCAGCAUAUUAAAUUAAUAAAUAACAUCUGUCCUAAUGAAGUCACUUUUAUAUCAAAAGCCAUUUAUGAUUGGCUAAUUUUCCUUAAAACU